GCCGCGGGCUGCGGCCGGUCGGAUGACGUCCGCCGCCGCCGGUGACGCCGGCACAGUCACCCGCGGCGCUCCGCUGAACGACGACCCGAGGUGAGCGGGGUUGGAGCGGCGCGCUGCCCAGCGGACACCCAGCGGACACGGUGCGGACAUCCUGCGGACACUGGACGCUCGGCCUGUCCGCCGGUGGGAGAGGACAGUUCGGAGAUGGCGCCGCUUAGAACAGCCGUCGGCGCCCUGUGGACGUCACUGCUGCUCCUGGUCAUUGGCGGGCCUGUGACGGCGGCGGCGGCGUCCGGCGGAGCCGCUCACCUGGAGCACUGCCAGCAGCUGGCGCAGCCACUGGUGACGGAGACCCGGAUGGUGGUGCCGGCCACCCACGAGGAGCUGGCCACCGUCUGUCGCAACUGGCGCCUGUUCGUGGACUGCAUCAACAAGUUCGUCAUGUCCGGCUACUCGCGGCAGCAGAAGCUGGCCUUCAACGGCGCCGUCCAGACGGCCGUCAAGAGCGUCCACAAGAUGUGCAGCGACCCCGACUACAGCAAAGAGUAUCUGGAGCACGCACCGUGCAUCCAGAAGAUGACGAUGGACAAGAGCCGCUGCGGCGAGGACUAUACAAAGAUGGCGGACGCUGUCAUCAACGCAGCACCCGACUCGGACGUUUGCUGCCGGUACCUGCGGUUCCGCUCCUGCGUGGCGGCCGACCCGGGCUGCGCCGACAAGCCCUCCGGCAACCGGCUCACCAUGUUCGUCAACACCUUCCUCGACAACGGCCUGCAGGUCUUCGUGCACAAGUGCCACAGCAGCCUGUUCACCCUGGACUCCUGUGACGAGGCCGGCAGCCAGGGAGGGUGGCAGUCGAUUCGCGGCGAUAAUGGCGCAGACUGGCGUCACGCAGACUCGGACGGUCCUCGGUACGGUCUGAGAUGGCCCGACUUGGUCCGGGACCAUCCUGAGCACCAUAGCAAACAGCGCGACUUCCCUACAGAAGAACGCCAUCCCAACUACAGUCAGGAACGCACAAGUUAUGACCAGGAACGCUCCGGCUUCAGUACAGAGUACGCCAUCUAUGGCCCCGAGCGCUCAGACUAUUUUCAAGAGCGUUCCGACUACGAGCAAGGACCUUCGGACUUUGGCAGCGAGCACUCGGCUGACUACCACUGGGAGCGUGUGGACUCGGAGCUCGGUCUGGAGCGGACUGACGACCGCCAGCGGCCCGCACCCGGCCGGCGCCAGAUAACCCCAGUGGCCGUGGACGAGAUGGAGCGCCACGGCGGCCGGCCCUCGGCCGACGCUCCCCGGCUGGCCCGCGGGGAGCCGGCGCGGGCUCCGACCGGAGCCGAGCACCAGGAGCACGGCCAGCUGCUGCGCAUCCAGGAGAGGACCGGGGCCGCCGCCGGACCGGGGGACCGGACCGCGGCGGGACCGCGCGCGCCGCUCUCCGCCGGACAGUGGACCGAGUUCGCUCCCCGCCAGGAGCACGAGGAGCUGAUGCAGGCCGGCGUGGGCCAGCGGCCGGAGGGACCCGACCGGCGGCUGGGCGGUCCCGAGAGGCCGUACAUCAUUCCCGACCGGCCUGACCAGCCGGCCGGGCCCGUCCGGGAGGCCCUGCGCGCUGAGGUCGGCGGUCGGCGCCUGUCCAACCCGGUCGAGGUCGGCGGUCGGCGCCUGCCGGACCCGGUCGGGGUCGGCGGUCGGCGCCUGUCCGACCCGGUCGGGGUCGGCGGUCGGCGCCUGCCGGACCCGGUCGGGGUCGCCGGCGCGCCGGCAGUGUCCGUGUCCUCGCCAGACGGCUGGAGUCGGCUGCUGCCGGCCGGUACGCUGGCGGCCCGUGGCCGGCCCGCCUUCACGGACCGCAUAGACCGGCCGGCCCGGCGGGACGGCCCUGCCUGGCGCAGGGACGGGACGGACCCCCAGCAGGGUGGGACGGACCCCCAGCGGGGUGGGACGGACUCGCAGUGGGACGGGACGGACCCCCGGCGGGACGGCCCUGCCUGGCGCAGGGACGGGACGGACCCCCAGCAGGGUGGGACGGACUCGCAGUGGGACAGGACGGACCCCCGGCGGGGUGGGACGGACCCGGAGCCGGCGCGCGGCCCGCAGUCGUGGCCGGGACAGCCGUUGGCGGCACCGGACUCCCCGGUCAGUCAGGCCGCCGGGCCGGCCCGGUCGCAGACGGGCUCCGAGCGCAGUCCCGGCAGUGACCGCCAGUUCCCGCUGCAGGUGGGCCGCACCAGUCGGGUGGAGUACCACACCACAGCCGAGCGGACCGAGACUGUCAACCUCGCCGGCGGGGCCGCACCCCCUCCUGCAGACACCGCGGGAGGCCUGUCGGUGGCAGCGGCCCGCGCUCGGGACCGCGCCGCCCGGAUGGGGGACGGCGGGCGGCGGCUCCCCGGUCCCGGCAGCAGUGAGGGCGUGCCAUCGGGCACUCCCGCGGCCGGGCAGCCCAGAGAUCCGGCGGCGCCGGGGUCUGCCGGCACGGCCCGGCAGGCCCGGCCGCCGGGGAUCGGCGAGGCACCCGGCCCGGAGCGCCCGCUCCAGCCCUCCUCUGCAGACCGAUCCACUCAUGACUCAGUCCGCGACCCGACUCAAACUGAGUCUCGUGACCCAUUCCGCGAGUCCUCCAAUGACCAGUCCGGUGGCCCAUUCCGCGAGUCUUCCAAUGACCAGUCCGGUGACCCAUUCCGCAGCCCGGCCAAUGACCAGUCCGGUGACCCGGCCCGUAGCCCGGCUCGUGACGGCUCCCAGGGCCCGUCGCGCGGCUCCCCGAUCGGCCCGCGGCCGUCGCCGUCGCCGCCUCCUCCGGCGGCCAGCACCACGGCGUACCGGGGCUGGUUCCAGCCGCAGUCCUCCACGCCCGUCUGGGUGGUCUCCAACUCGCUGGAGGACAGCCCUCUCCUCACUGCCUGA